UUGAGAAUUUGUAAUUUGAUUGUGUUUAAUGUGUACUAAUGUACACGUGAACGCACUAAUUAAAAACAAUGCAAUUUAUUUAUUGAAUGAAGACAACUAAUUAUACUACAUCAAGCUUCAAAUAUUUUCAUUUUUUCUUAAGAAACAUGUGAAAUGAUUUAAACAUAACUAAAAAAAGGCGUUCAUUUAUGAAUUAUGUUGAAAAUAUUUAAGUAAAUCGUUAUUUUAACAACUGUAGCAAUGACUAGUAAAGGCCUGUCAAAUAGUAUAAUAUCUUUGUCUGAUGAAGAUGAUAUAUUUCCAAAAAGAAAUCAAAAAGCAAAAAAACAUAUUAUAAGUGAUUCAGAUGAUAGCGAUGUACCUUCUUCUCCUAUUAAACAUUCAAAUUUAAAAAAUGAUGAACUAAAAACUUCAGUUUCUUCACCACGUAAAGAAUGGGUUGGACCAGACUUCAAGUUAAACUUGAAACCAUUAGGCUUUGAUAAAAACUUAGAAAAGUGGAUUGAAGUUAUCAAAAAUGAUCCAAUUAUUUCAUCUGGUGUUACUCAUGUGAAAAAGGAUAUAUUAGAGCAAGAAAAAUCUCAUCUUAAAAAUGUACAUAUUGAAAUCUUGGAGAAAUUCUAUUCAGCUAUAAACAAUAUACCAAAACCAAUUCUUUCCAAGUUUCCUCAAUUUGAUCAAGAAACAUUUCAAAAACUAAAAAUUCUGCAUCACAGAGUAAAGGCAAAAAUAACGCAAACUGAAAAAAAAUUACAAAACUUAAAUGUUGCUUAUGAUAAUGAAGUGAAUGAUAGCUUUAACAGUCAUAAAACUGUGAUAAAUACUAAUAAAAUUUUCAAUGAUAUAUCAGUCAAACAUAAGGAAAGCAAUUUUAAUGAUUGGUCACAUUUGUUGAAAAGUCAUUCCUCUGAAUCAAAUAUGGUAGUUGAUAACAAUAAUGAUUUAAAGAAUUCUAAUACAAUACAUGAUUUAGAUUCUACUUUUGAACAAUCUAUCAGCUCAUUAGAGAUUUGUGAUUCUCCAUUAAAUACAAAGAAAAUUAAUUCAGAAAAGCCAACUACACCAAUACAAAUUAAAAGAAAAAACCAAUUUCAGUUAAAAGUUCCAGUCAAAGCUACAUUAUCUCCAGAAAUGUCUAAAAAAUUGGAAGUAAUGUUGGAAAAAAGCAAUAGAUCUAACACAGACCAUAAUGUAGAUAAAUCAUUUAUGAGUAAAGGAAAUAGCAGUAAUGUUAAUAAAAUUAGUACUUUAAAUCUUGUUUCGCAAGGUAUAAGUAAUACAAUAUCUGAAAAAUUAAAUCCUCAAAAUAUUAGUAAGACCUAUCAAAAUAUUGCUGCAGAUAAGAGAACUGUUUUUGAAGACUCUUGGAAUGAUUGCGAGAAGACUUUUGAGAUUGAUGAGCCAAAUUCUACAAAUACUAAUGCAUUUUACUGCAAUCAAAAUUUGAAGCCAAAAAUUUCCAAGAGCAACAAAAUUGAAGCUAAUGUUACAACUCCACAUUGCUUAAAUAUAUCAUCAGAGUCUGAUUGCACCCUGAAUGAUAGUUGGUCUGGUAACAAAACUAAUGCAGAAAAGAGUACAAGUAAAUCAGAAAUGAAUGAUUUAGAAGGUAAAUUUAUGGGAAGUGUACAAAAUGAUGGGUUUAGCAAAGAACUGAACAGUGACAAUUAUCCUCACUCUUUAGAAAUGAUGAAGUUAUUUAGACAAAAGUUUGGACUCUACAAUUUUAGACCAAAUCAACUUCCAGCAAUAAAUGCAGCUGUUUUAGGAUUUGAUUGUUUUGUUUUAAUGCCGACUGGUGGAGGAAAGUCUUUGUGCUAUCAACUACCAGCAUUACUUACUCGUGGUAUAACCAUUGUUGUAUCACCUUUGAAAAGUUUAAUUUUGGACCAAACUCAAAAACUAAAUUCUUUGGAUAUUCCAGCAGCUCAUAUGUCUGGUGAUCUAACGGAUGAACAGUCUGAUACGAUUUACAGAGAACUUUCUAAAAAAGAACCAAUUUUGAAACUUCUAUAUGUAACUCCAGAAAAGCUAUCUGCUUCUCAAAAGUUAUGCAAUGCUCUUACAGUUCUUUAUCAAAGAGGACAGCUUGGAAGAUUUGUUAUUGACGAAGCACAUUGCGUAAGUCAGUGGGGUCACGAUUUCCGCCCAGACUAUAAAAAGUUACGUGUUUUACGUGAAAAAUAUCCUGAUGUGCCUACUAUGGCAUUAACCGCUACAGCUACUCCAAGAAUAAGAACUGAUAUACUACAUCAGCUAGGCAUGAAAUCACCAAAAUGGUUUAUUUCGAGUUUCAAUAGACCAAAUUUGAGAUACAGUAUUAUUGCCAAAAAGGGAAAGAAUUCCUCAGAUGAAGUAAUUGGGAUGAUAAAAGCUAAAUUCAAAGAUGAUUGUGGAAUUGUUUACUGUAUUUCUAGAAAAGAUUGUGAUAGUUAUGCAGAUCAAAUGAAAGUCAAUGGAAUUAAAGCAAUGAGUUAUCAUGCAGGACUCUCUGACACACAAAGAACAAACAUUCAAAGCAGAUGGAUAUCUGAGCAGAUUAAAGUUGUUUGUGCAACAAUAGCUUUUGGAAUGGGAAUUGAUAAGCCUAAUGUUCGAUUUGUAAUCCAUGCUGCUCUUCCAAAAUCAAUAGAAGGAUACUAUCAAGAAAGUGGCAGAGCUGGACGUGACUCAGAAAAUGCCGAGUGUAUCUUAUUUUACAACUAUGCUGAUAUGUAUAGACAUAGAAAAAUGAUAGAAAUGGAUUCGUCAAAUAGGGAAGCUCAAAAAACCCACAAAGACAACCUUUUUAAAAUGGUAACUUUCUGUGAAAAUACUGCUGAUUGCCGUAGGGCACUCCAAUUGAAUUAUUUUGGCGAAAUAUUUGAUAGAAAAAACUGUACAGCUAAUAAACAAACUGCAUGUGAUAAUUGCCGAAAUCAGGGGCAAUUUGAUAUUAUAGAUGUUACUGAAGAUGCUAAAGCGUUAGUAACACUUGUCAGAGAUUUCAAUAAAAAUAGAGGCAGAAUUACUGUGUUACAAAUUGUUGAUGUUUACAAAGGUUGUGAUUUGAAAAAAAUUAGAGAUGCAGGGCAAAACAAACAUAAGUUUUUUGGAAAGGGAAAAUUGUGGACUAAAACUGACAUAGAAAGAUUAUUACAUAAACUGGUGAUUGAAAAUUAUUUGUCUGAAAGUAUGUACAUAAAUAAUGAAAUUACGUGUGCUUAUCUUGGUCUUGGAGCUAAUGCUAUGGAGUUAAUGACUUCAAAUAAUGUAAAGAUUAAUUUGAAAAUGAAUAAUAACAAAGAGAAACCUACCGCAAUUGCCACUGUUUCUAAUGUGUCAGUUCCAGAUGAUAAAGCAUUAAAAGAUUUACAACAACGUUGUUAUAUGGAAUUAGCUGAAAUUAUCAAUGGAAUAGCUGGUGCUUUAGAUGUCUCUGCAAAUUCUAUAAUGAAUAUGGUAGCACUUCGAGCAAUGAGCCAACAAUUACCAGAAAAUGAAGAAGCAAUGUUGAAAAUACCUCACGUUACAAAAGCUAAUUUUGAUAAAUAUGGCAGAGCUUUGCUAGAUAUUACUCAGAAAUACGCUGCAGAAACAAAAGCACUAUUAAAAGAAUACAAAAAAGUCAAAGCUAUAGCAACUGCAAGUGUAGCUGCAAGUUAUAACAGCAGUUUACAAGAUGAUGAUUGGAUGGAAUCUGUAGCUUCUGUAAAAAGAGGAGUCAAAAGACAUAUAACACGAGGAAAAUCUCGUGGUUCCACUAAAAAAUUUAAACGUUCUGGUAGUGCAAAAGGAGCUUCAAGGCAGAGUUCAUCAACGAGUAAGAGGGGUAAAACUACAUCUACCAGAGGUAGAGGUGCAUCAUCGGCUAGUAGUGCUGGCCCUGGACUUGUUGAAUUUUCACAAAAAAAACAGUUUCUGAAUCAUCCUCAGCGUUACGUUUCACUAUUAUAACUACCAUUUUUCAAAGAAUUCAAUAUUACCAUUAAUUUCAUUUUUAUUUUUUUAGGAAGUAGUGUAAUCUAAUUAAUUUUUCAUCUUAAUUUCUUAGGAAAAAAUUUGGAAAAUUAAGUGUUCUACUAAUAUUGUUUAAGUUCUUAUUUAUAAAAUCUAGAUUGAUAUAUUAUGUAAGAUUUCUAUUUAUACUGACAGUACAAAUAACUUUCAAAGCUGCCAUUUUGCCAUGAUUAUUGUAGUAAAUAGAGUUUUUAUACAAUUGCUAUUUAAUAAGUAUAUUUAUUUUGCAAGUGUUUUAAGCGCGAUAAGGAUUUGUGUUCAAUGUUUAUUGUAAAUAUGUAAUAAUUAUUAUGAAAUAGCACUCGUAUUUGUACAAUAUAAAUCGUAAAAAAACGUUGACAAUCGGAAUAAU